AACUCUCUCUCUCUAGACACCAACUCACUUUUAUUUAUUUUUAAAUAUAUAUAUCAAGCAACACAGAGAAAACCUUAACAAAAAAAAAAUCAUAUCUCCAAAGCUCAUUGCUUUCUAACAGAGACAUAUUAAAUGAGUUAUUAAUACAGGGAGAGGAUAGGAGAGGAGAGGCAUUUUUUUUUUGUUUUUUGAAGAAUAAAAUGGAUUCGCCGACGGCCUCAACGACGGAAGGAUCGACGGCUAGGAUAGUGACGUCGAGAUCAUCAGUAAUUGAAUCAAUUCGAGGAUGUGGAUUAUCAGGCCUUAGAGUAAACAAAGAGGAUUUGAAGAAGAAACUGUCGAUGCCUAAAUAUCUGCGUCACGCAAUUCGAGAUUCAAUCAAUUCAAAGGAUGUUAAUGCCACCGCUGACCGUUACCGAGAAGGAAAUAGUGCUGGUCGUGAGGAGGCGCCGGAGGGGCCUAUGGUGGUGUUUGUGAAUUCCAGAAGUGGUGGUCGGCAUGGGCCUGAACUUAAAGAGAGGCUUCAGCAAUUAAUGGGAGAGGAGCAGGUUUUUGAUCUAAGCGAGGUGAGGCCUAAUGAAUUUGUGGCGUAUGGUUUGGGAUGUUUAGAGAAGUUGGCCGGCCUUGGUGAUUUUUGUGCCAAAGAUACUCGUGACAAGUUGAGAAUUUUGGUUGCGGGAGGUGAUGGUACGGUUGGGUGGGUGUUAGGAAGUCUCACAGAACUUCAUAGGCAGGGUAGGGAGCCUGUUCCUCCUGUAGCAGUCAUCCCUCUUGGUACUGGAAAUGACCUGUCAAGGAGUUUUGGUUGGGGUGGUUCGUUCCCUUUUGCCUGGAAAUCAGCUGUCAAAAGAUCACUUCUCAGGGCCAUCACUGGUCCAGUGUGCCGUCUAGAUAGUUGGCAUCUUCUAAUGGCAAUGCCAAGAGGAGAAGUGGUGGAUCCGCCCCAUUCCCUGAAAUCCACAGACGAUUGUUCCCUUGAUCAGGGUUUAAGAAUUGAGGGGGAGCUGCCUGAGAAAAUGAAUUGCUAUGAAGGAGUGUUUUAUAAUUACUUCAGCAUAGGAAUGGAUGCUCAAGUUGCCUAUGGCUUUCAUCAUUUACGCAAUGAAAAGCCUUACCUUGCACAAGGUCCUAUUUCAAACAAGUUGAUCUACUCUGGAUACACUUGCACUCAGGGCUGGUUCCUCACACCUUGCAUAAGUGAUCCAAGUUUGAGGGGACUCAAGAAUAUCAUCAGGAUGCAUGUUAAGAAGGUCAAUUGCUCAGAAUGGGAGCAGAUACCUGUUCCUAAAAGUGUGAGGGCAAUCGUUGCUUUAAAUCUUCACAGUUAUGCAAGUGGAAGAAAUCCAUGGGGUAGCCCAAAACCAGAGUAUUUGGAAAAGAAAGGCUUUGUGGAGGCCCAUGUUGAUGAUGGCCUCCUAGAAAUUUUUGGCUUAAAGCAAGGAUGGCAUGCAUCAUUCGUCAUGGUUGAACUCAUCUCUGCGAAACACAUAGCCCAGGCAGCAGCAAUACGACUGGAAGUGAGGGGUGGGGAAUGGAAAGAUGCAUUUAUGCAGAUGGAUGGCGAACCCUGGAAGCAGCCCAUGAGCAAGGAAUACUCGUCAUUUGUAGAAAUUAAGAGAGUUCCUUUUCAUUCUCUCAUGGUUAAUGGAGAUUAGGCUUCCAGGGUGGCCUUUGGUUUAGGUUGGUAUCCUUCGAGGGGGUCUUUUCCUUGGGGCUGAAAUCACCACCAAACUUUGUGUUCAGCCAUCAGGCUUGUAUAUUGUAUUAUUUGUCAAAUUUCUAGCUAUUCGAAAUUCAUUAAUUGUCAAUAAUUUUUCUCCUUUUUAGUUUUGGACAGAUCCUGCACGCAAUUUGUGAUACUGUUUAUGACACUUACCAGGUGCUUAACUAUGGAUUUGUAAGUCACGAUAAUCAAUUGAAAAGUGAUCGUCCAUAGCACUCCUGUGUUUCUUUUA